GACUAAUUGGGCGACAUCUGCCGACUUUUAGUCAUCUUUUCGUCGACUAUAUUCGUUUUCUAAAAGAUAUCUUUAUAACUAUUUAGUCACCAUUUAAUCAUCUUUUAGACGACUUUGUGCUCUCUGGGAAUGUUCUAUAUUACAUAUAAAAUAAGCGUAAUUUUACUAAUUUUAGCCUUAUAUUAUAUACUUUUAUGAGUAAUAAAGUAAAGAAGUAAAAGCUUAUAGUUCUUUAUGGAUUAACAUUAUGAAUGAUUGUACAUUACUGGCAUAAUAACCUCAACAUAUUGAAUUAUAUCAUUUUAGAAUUUUUCAUAAAAAAAUAUAUUAUGUUUAUAUAUAUUAAAAAGAUAUAAAAAUUCACCAUGUGACCAUUAUGUCGAUCUAUGUAUAACGUCAUAUUUGCUGUAGUAAUAUGAUAAAAACCAAUCUUGAUAAUAGGCUAAAUACGCUUUCAAAAUUGUAGCUUUCAAAGUUUUUAUGGUACUUAUUAAUUAAAAUUAAAAAGUUUUUAUUUUUUUAGAAAAUCAAAUACGAUUAGAUCAUUUAACCAAGAUGACGGAACUAACUUUGAAAAAAUUGAUACCCAUUGCUGGUGAACGCUUGGAUUUUAUGGAACAUUUGCGACUAUACAAAGAAAAAAAUACAGAACAUAUUGCGACAUUUACGAUACCAGUCAUUGAAGACGCUACAGCAAUCACUGAUGUAUCUUUUGAUGCAAAUACAACUACGCAAGCUGACAUUGCAUCAGAUCAAUCAGAAACUUCCAGUUCAUGUAUACAGGAUGAAUUAAGUGAUCCAUCUACUUCGCAAAUUACAAUCUUGAAUGAACCUGUACAAAAGCGACAACGUAUACAGAAUAAUUCAUAUGAUUUAUUGGCUCUAUUAGAAUCAACUACGUCAGGAAGAAUGAUAUUAGCAUACUUCAAUACACAUGCAUGUCUGAACGAUGACAUGCAUAAACUACUCGCGAAUGAAAUUAUCAACAACAAACUAUCUAACAACGUUCAUGCUCGCAUGCAAAACGAACGGGUGGAAUUUCUUAUUCAAGAAAUAAUAAAAUGUUUUCCAUCUGAAAUAGAAGUAAUUUGGAAGGGAGCAUUUGGUGAUAAUCAUCGAGAGACUUCUAUAGGAAGAGGUAAACUGUUGCGAAGAUACUACAACAUACGUAGAAAAUUGCGAAAAUGUGGUGUUUUAAAACAAGAAUUAAAACAUGCUACAGAAGAUUCUGUUAGUUCAGAAAUGGAAUGGGACGAGGAUUUUGCCUCGGAUAAUAUACAGUAGUUGAAGAAUAACAAAAAACCAUGGAAUAAAGUUCAAGAAUUGUGGAGAAUAACUAAUAAAAGUAGAUUGCGAUCGCUCCAAAAAGAAACUGCUGUACAUGACUAUAUGGACAUGUUUCCUGCUCUAAAGCACGCAAAUGGUUAUCUGCUAUUGGAGCAGGAUUUUGAAGAAAUGUAUCCCAAUUCUAUAAUGAAAUUAUGUACUGAGUGGCCAUUACUUGCGGCUUUAAUAAAAAAGAAAUUAAUAAAUAAAAAAGAAAUAGAAAACAUAAACAACUCUCUUACUCCAGAGGGCAAAAAAGUGAGAACAUUGCUCGCUCUAAACUUAUUAUUCACAGUAGUGACUACUUUGAAGAGAAAGAAGGAGCAAUGGCGACCUUCGCGCCAAGCGAGUCACAUGAAGCAUUUCCACUUGUUGUAAAGAGUACAAUGGACAUUCAGCCAUCAUUAAACUUGAGGAGGGAAAAAUAUGCCAGAUAUGGAUUUAAUUUGGGAGUACAUACAAGCUGUGAUUGUUGAUGCAAAUGUUGAUAACAUUACACACUCCUAUGUCUUUAUUAAUGAAAUUUGUUACAAAGUAGAAACUCCAUUUAAAGCAAUCAAUAUAACAUUUAAAUCGAUGUAUGCAUUAGACAGUAAGUACCCAGCUGAAUGUACCAGGGAAUGGCAAUUUUUGCAAAAAGGAGUAUAUCUCAAGCGACGAAAAUAUUUGUGAUCUUACAGUGUUAGCUUUAAUGGAAGAGUAUUCAAAAUUUAAGGCAAAUAAUUAACUUCAUGAAUAAAGUGAAAUUACAGCAAAUAGACUGUGAAUUAUAAAGUAAUAAUUUUUAUUUUAAUAUUUAAAAUAUAAAAAGUAAGCAAUAUUUUAUUUUUAAAAAUUUUUGAAACUCUUCUUUAUUUCAAAAAGCGCAAAAUUUGUUUUCUUUUCUAAAAUCAUGUUAUAUUGUUUAAUGUAUUUGUAGUCUUCCAAUCCGAGCAACUUGUAAUAAUUUUUAGUUUUAAGGUACCUUAAAUAAUCACGAAGUUACUUUAAGUUAUAUUCACUUUUACUUUUGCAAUAUUGCAAAAGUGUUCUUGUAUUUUUGUAUGUAAUAUUAUAUCAUUACUUUUUUUUGUCACAAUGAUUUGCAUAAAGUGUCAUUGCUGCAGUGAAUCUUUCGGAAGUAUUGAUGCUCUUCAGGUUCAUUUUUCUUGCUUGCUUUCAUAAAGCACCCUACUUGUACAUAUUUUAGAUGUACUAUGGAAGCAUGCGGUCGUUCAUUUAAUAUAUGGAAUUCAUUUAGAAAACACUUGCGAAAGAAGCAUAAUGUGCCUAAUCGUUUCAAUGAUAAUAAUGUUAUAGAUUUUACACAUUGUAACGAUCCGAUUAUAGCUUCCCAUACAAGUAUUGUCCAUGAAACGGAAUUAUUCGAUAAUACAUUAACUCCAGAUUUUCAGACUUUAUUGAAAGUACAUGCUGAUAUUCUUAUACCUAAAAUAAAUACAAAACCGGGUCUUCCACGUAAUCUAAUUAAUUCAAUAAUUGAAGAUAUUUCUACCUUUUUUGGUGGAAGUUUUCUUAAAAUUUUGAGGCAAACAGUAAUAGAUACACUUGUAACCUGUUACGCACAAGUUGAAAAUGUUUGCAAUAUUGAAAAAAUGUUUGAAUCAUUGAGCAAUCCAUUCCAUCAGUUAUCUACGGAAUAUAAGCGUAUGAUAUAUUUUCAAUCUACAGGUACAUAUGUAUCUCCAGAGACUUACUGCAUCGAUUCUUGUAUAAGAAAAAAAAGAACAAAACAGGGUAUAAAAUCACAAAUGACAUAAGUAACUGCACAAUACAUUCCACUCAGACACGUUUUAAAAAAGUUCUUUGAACUACCAGAUGCCUUUGAUAGUACGAUACAAUACAUACAAGAACUUCAAACGGAAUCAAAUAUGAUUUAUAAUUUUGUACAAUGUCAAAGAUGGAAAUAUGUAAUUACUAAAUAUUUUAAGAAGUCGGAUAUUGUGUUUCCACUUCUGAUUUAUUAUGAUGAUUGGGAACCUAAUAAUCUCCUUGGACCGCAUUCAAAAAAGAUAGGUUCAGUGUAUGUAACCAUACCUUGUUUGCCUCCAGAGUGCCAAUCCAAGCUUGAUAAUAUUUUUUUAGCUCUUCUGUUUUAUAGUAAUGAUAGGAAACAAUAUGGAAACAAGAAAACGUUUGCUCCGUUGAUUAAUGAGCUUAUAUUUUUAGAAACUGAAGGAAUAAAUAUAAACAUUAAGGAAGGACAAAAGAAAAUUUAUUUUGCCACGGGCCUAUUAACUGGAGAUAAUCUUGGUAUCCAUUCCAUGUGUGGAUUUGUCGAGAGUUUUUCUGCUAAUUUUGUAUGUCGAUUUUGUAAGGCAUCAAAAUUUUUAACUGAGAUUCAAUAUAUUGAAGAUUCAAGUUUACUCAGAAAUUCUGAAAAUUAUUACAACGACUUAGCUAUAGACAAUGUGAGUCUGACUGGUCAAAGAGGAAUGUGUUUUUAAUAUCGUACCAUCAAUAGAUAUUAUUGAAAUGCCUUUUGUCGAUGCAAUGCAUGACUGUUUAGAAGGAGUGGGACACUACUCAAUGAUUCCUAUUUUGAAACAUUUAUCUCAAUUAGAUCCUUUGUUUUUAGAAAUGCUUAAUGAGAGAAUGUAUAUGUUUGAUUACGGUCCUUAUGACAGCCUAAAUAAGCCACCUUCUAUAACUCCUGAAAUAUUAAACAAGAAUAAAUUAAAAAUGACAGCAAAUGAAAUAAUUUUGUUUAUACGUUUAUUUGGAAUCCUUAUUGGAGAUGUAGUCGAUAAGAAUGAUGAAUUUUGGCAAUUGUAUCUUUUGUUACAUGAUAUGUUUAGCAUAAUUCAGGCGAAAAGACUUCCAUCAGACGUGGGUCAUGUUUUGCAGGAUUUGAUAAAAGAGCAUAAUCAAUUAUAUCUUAAAAUUACUGCAGAAAAGUUAAAACCUAAACAUCAUUUUCUUUUGCAUUAUGCCAGGAUUUUUAAGUAUAUCGGACCGUUUGCUAAUGUAUCUUGUAUGCGUUUCGAAGCUAUGCAUAAAAGACUAAAAGCAUAUUGCACUGCAUCAAUGUCAAGAAAAAAAUCGUCUCUUGCCACCAAAAUUCAGCAAACUUUGUGCUAUAGAUUUAUAAUACAGUCCAGUAUUUUAUCUGAUCCUAUAAUCGGGCCAGGAAAUAUUCAAGAUCUUUCUAAAUUAUCCCAAUAUUUAUUCUUUCACUCUACCCUUCCUGUUUCUCUGAAAAUGACUUCUAAAAAUUUUUGUAUGAAAUGGGUUUAAUGGAAAAAUUUUCGAUACAAACUUGGACUUGCUCUCAUUGUAGGAGUAGAUAUUUCUGGAGAUUUGCGUUUUGGAAUUAUAAAAGUUAUUUUACUCCAUGAAAAUCAACCUUUGUUCAUAUGCUCACCUUUAAUUAAUAUAGGAUUAAAUUCUCAUGUCAGAGGUUAUGAGAUAGGAGAUGACGAAGAAAAUAACAAAUGGUUUUGUAUCAAAGUUACUGAACUUAUUGAUUAUCAACCACUUUACUAUAUCAAAUGGCAAAUGGAGAGCAGUAUAUUGCUUUGAAGUAUUUUUUAUAAAAAUGUUAAAUUAAAAAUGAAAAAUCUCUUUUUUCUUCGUCACAUUCUACUUUAUAAUAAUUAUAUUUUUUCUUUAUGUCAAAAGUAUAAUAUUCUUUUAUUUUUACGAGCAUCCUGUAAUAUAUGAUCGACUUUGUUUAUGAUGUACCUUCUUUUAUAUGUAUCAGAAUAUAUUAUGUACGUUGAUAAUG